GCCUCCACGUACGUGAUCUGCACCCUCGUGACUACGUGUCUCGGUCGUUCCUUCCCUGUCGCUUAUCGAUAGCCGCCUGGCACCAGACCUAUCUGCGUUCGCUGUCACGCGCACACCCUCUCGUUCAACAGCUAUACAAACACCUCACAGUCUUUCCAGUCAUUCUCUAAAGUACAGCGUUCUUCCGGCCGUCACACAUCAGUCGUAGUCACAAUCUGUUUCUCGUCUCCUCUUUCAUUUAUCCACACUAACAGUCUUGAGUCCGCUUCAUAGUUGCGGGCUUGAAAUCCUAGACGCACGCCAGUCGGCGUACUACGGGUGAUACCAGCCGUCACUCGGAUCAGAUUGUUGGCCAACAUACAAUCGAGACACUUUGCACGCGAUUGAAGCGCUGCCGUAUUCACUACCAUGUCCGGCCCCUUCGGCCUGGACGGCGCUUUUGAUGUCUAUUAUGAGGCCACCAACACUAACAACGUGGUCGACCAAAUUCGCGACGCACUUGCGGCGACGUACGACCCAGGCAUAUCAAAUGAGACCCGUCAGCAAGCGCUACAAUUUCUCGAUCAUGUCAAGCUGAUGCCUAACGCACCUCAACAUGGUUACAAUCUCGCAGAAGACUGGCGUCAGAAUGAUGCGGUCCGCUACUACGGCCUGCAAAUCUUAGAGUACACGAUCAGAUACCGUUGGACAGAAUGUGGCCUGGCGCAAACGCAGCAACUUCGGGAAUGGACCAGAUCUCUAGCGGGAAGCCUUCGGAAACAGGAUCCGUUGUUUAUCCGGAACAAAGUCGCCCAGCUGUGGGUGGAGGUGGCGAAGCGGUGUUGGGGCGAUGAGUGGAUGGAUAUGGAUCAACAGCUGGUGAAUUUGUGGCAAACGUCCGUCGGUGUGAAGGGAACCGUAAAUUUCGUUUUCGUUCUGUACGUGCUCGAGACGCUGAGUGAAGAUAUCAUCAACAACGAGGAUCCGGCGGCAGGACUGCGGAUGGAGGUCCUCGGUGCGGCCUUGCACGAAAUCAUGGUGCCACGGUAUGUCUACGAAGAUGUCGUGCGGACGCGAGGAGACAGGCAGGAAGUAAGGUGUGAUGGAGAAGGAUGGCUUGCUCGGAUCGCUGAGUUCCUCGUCUUGCUGAUCAACCAGGUGACUCGCGAAGGUGAUGUUGACACUGCAAGCGAGCUGUCCGCGUGCGCCAUCAAAGCGCUCGAUGCUUUACGACCGACGCUCGUUUGGAUUACCAUAAGAGCGGCACUAACGGUUGAUCUCGUGCCAUCUCUCUUCCUACCUUUUGAUACGGAGGACGUAGCGUUGCAAACUGCGGCUACCGAGACUCUGUAUGUGCUGCUUUGUCGUCCUUAUAACGGCAAUGAGCAAACGGCAUGGGUCAAGCUAACCCAACAAGCUCUACAUCAUGACCGCAUUGGAACUAUCAGGCAAAUCUUCGAGGGAACAUCUUGCGGACCAGGUGAAGAGGACGAGAGCUAUAGGCUGCUGAAGAAGUUGUCGGAGCUACUUUCCGUUCUUUCAGACGAUGUCGCGCUUCACCCUGAGCUCCUGGCUUGCGACUCCGUGGACGUACCCGCGUUCUUCGAUUUCCUGGUUGUCGUGGUGCAGAGCAAAAGCCUUGCUGUGUCGCUGCCGGUGCUGCACAGUUGGAGCAAGUUGAUGGGGGUGCAGGCAACGACGGUGAUCGAUAUGGUGCUGCGGGCUCUGCAACCAUUAGUCCAGACGUGCAGCGAGCGCCUGUUGCGGUAUGAAGAGCUACCUCCGGACAGCGAGGACGACGUUGUACGGUUUCUGGACGUGGAUUCCGAUACCAUACCCGAGCGGCAUGCCUUCCUCGGCAACUACCGCAGAUACUGUGUCAGCAUCUUGACGGCGAUCGGUAGAACCAGACCGCUGGAAGCCAUGCAACACGUUCUUGGACAGAUGCGACUAAUGUUGGAGAAUGGGCCUUAUACGGGUGGCCGGGGGUUCACGUCGGACGGUUACACGAAGAAUUCACUGCCCGCCUUGCAGUUCGAUGCCCAAUUCAACGUGGUUUCAAGCGUGCUCAAGGGCUACUCAAUGUGGUGCCUCGACACGCAGGCUCUGCCCCAUGAAGACCCGCUCUUUGCUAGGGCAGGGUCGGACCGUGCCACAGCAGAGGACGCGUUGCAAGAGUGGAGCUCUGGUGUGAUCAACCUGCAUGUCGACGACCCUGAUGUCGCUGCAAAAGUCCUGCACACCCUAGUAGCAGUUGUCAAGACGGUCAAGCCCAGCUCUGAGUUCGUUCUGAAGGUGGUGCAGCACCUGCUCACCAUGCGAUUGUACGACAAUCCCGGACACGCUGCCUUUUCGGACGCUGUGAGGGUGUUCGAAGGCCAGCGCGUGAUGGAGCUGCAACGGCUCGCUCUUGCCUUCUCCUCUGAGCUGCUUGAGGUAUAUCACGAACUUGAGCCACGUAUCGGCGUGCUGAUCGAGAAGCACAACGAGGACCCGAAGCUGGUCUGGAGCUAUCGUGGGUUCCUGUUCAUGAUCAUCCACCGUGCUCCACAUCUUGAGCACGAUGCUCGUAUUGGGAGAUUGCAGCAGAUGCUUCAACCCAUCCAACUAGCGUGGGAAAAGUACAAGUCAAGCUCCUCACUCAGCUCAUUUGAAGACUUUUGCCAGUCUUUGGGUCUCGGCAACCUUGCUGAGUUUCAGAAGGCUUAUCGCUUCGACGAAGUGAGCGACUGGUCUGCACAGCAACUCGACCUGGAUGGGAUAGCUAGGCAGCAGGUUAUCAAGGAUAGAAUUGAGCGCAUACCUCUCCGCAUGACUAGAGCCAUGCUCUCAGUGACUGUCGAACGGCUGCAUGCAGACACAGAAGAGUUCAUCAAUGCGCGUGCAGUCUGGCGGGAUCUCAUCCUCACGAUCUUGCCGAGUGUUCUGCAGACGCUGCGUUACGCGGUGGCUUUCCACGACAUGAAGAACUGGUCACACCUCUCCCCUGAGCUUCAAGCGGUGAUGAAGCGGACAUUGCAGGAUCGCUUUUGGCAAUCGGGCAUAUCGAAUGAGAGCAAGGACGAGUUCUAUGCAAGGAUCUCCGGGUCGAAGACAUCGUACGAAGGCUUCGCUUCCACUGUCCGCUCAACAAUGCGUAUCGUGCGGGAUCAAGGCUACCAUAUUAUCUUCAUGCUGACGAAGUUUGAAGAUGACUUGUAUGGCAUACCCAAUGUUGCCGAAGGGUUGGCGGACAACCUGUUCUCGGAGGUUGAAGCGUUGCCGGCGAACCACUUGCACCCGUUGAUCGAUCUUACGAUCAGACUCGUGAUGCGAUGUCCAGGACAAUACCGGACGACAGUCUUGCCGCCAUUAUUGAAGGCGCUGUUGACGAGACUCGACAACAAGAUCACCUCGGAAUGGGCGGCCAUCGAUGCGGCGACCAACUUCGAUGCGAGAGACGAGGAUGACCUUGGCAAUGAGAUGCGGGCAGAGAGCAUCCUGCGGCAACUCGCUUAUAGCAUGGUUUGUUUCGUGCAGUCAUUGCUCGAAAUCCAACCGACGCCAGCAGAUGUCACCAACGGCACCAACGGUACCGACGCCGCACCACAUCCCAAGAUCCGUGACAUUGUCCUCCAGGAUCCUUCUAUUCUCGAACCUAUGUUGGUCUUCUGCAAUCAUGUUCUGAGGAUGCGGGACACGAGGUGCUGCACAGCCAUCUGUCGUGUCUUCCGCUCUGUCGUGCCGUUCUUUCAGGCCGACACGCUGCCCAUGCCAGAGGUUCGCGAAUUUAUCUGCACGGAGGUACUCAAGGCGUGUAUCACGUCACUUCAUGAGCCUUACUUCGCCGACAUGCAAAAGGAUCUUGCUGCACUUAUUGCUAACAUUAUCUUGUUGUAUUCUAGGCGUACGUCUACACUACGCAAUGUGCUACUGUCAUUGCCGGGUAUGACGCAACAUAAGGUCGAGAGAACGAUCGAAGACAUCAGCAGAGUCCCGAGUGAGAGAAAGCAACGCGCCUUGGUGCUUGGUCUGCUCGAGGAUCUACGGGCUGUCAGUAUUCACGAAGCCGGCAAGAUCGCGCGGCCGCCACCGCCUCAGGGUAUCCGCAGGGGUGAAGGCGGGCAGCAGGCCUACAUGCAAAUUGAGCAGAGACCAGCAAUUACGAACGGAGAAGAGACGGGCUUGGAAGAUGUUGCUGGCUUGUUCGGCGAUUAGGGGCUGCGGGACGGGCAAGAGAUGGCUACGACUGCUUUCUCUGCGCAUAUGCACAGUGAACAGCGUACAGCAUUGCCGCGAUAGCCUCAACAUACGCUGCGACGAGCUGGGUGCCGCAGUCAGUCAACGAUCGCUGCGAUGGCGGGAUAUUCUGUAUAGCAGAAGUCUGAGUGAGUCAACGGGGCCAACUGCGGCUGCGUCGAAAGCUGGAGGACGGAAAUGCGAUCGACCAACUCGCAUUGCGUGAGACACCCUAUGUGCUUUCUGGUUGGACUAUUGU